GCGGCCCGGGCUGCCCUCAGUUAGCGACCGGACCCGAAACUGACAAGUAGUCGGUACUGGGGAGGACGCGAGGGCCAGAGAUCGCUUCGCCGUAUUCGUUUCUCUUCCGAGUCUUCGGAGAUCGAGGGUCCACCCCUGGGGCGGACUUGUUUACGCCUCUUGUUCCUGUCGCAGCUUCGGAACGCUAGCCGGGGCUUAACCCCUCACCUCCGCGCCGGCCCUGGGAAGGGGAGAAGGAUGGAGUUCAAACUGGAGGCUCAUCGCAUCGUCAGCAUCUCGCUGGGCAAAAUCUACAAUUCGCGGGUCCAGCGCGGCGGCAUCAAGCUGCACAAGAACCUCCUGGUCUCGCUGGUGCUCCGCAGCGCCCGCCAGGUCUACCUUAGCGACCCGUGCCCCGGCCUCUACCUGGCGGGUCACCCGGGGACCCCGGCGCCGCCGCAGCAGCUCGGGGAGCCGGCGGCCGGUCCACCCGCGGGCUGGGGGGAGCCGCCCCCGCCGGCCGCCCGCUCCGCCUGGCCGGAACCCGAGCCGCAGCCGGAGCUCCCCGCCGUCCCAGAAGUGCUACGGACGGGUGACGCGGAGACCGCGGCCGCGGUGACGGGCACCGGGGACGCACUUCAGGGCGGAGAGGGGGAGGCGGCGGAAGCUGCUUGGCGCCGCGUGGAGGGACCGCGAGAGACGGCGGCCGGAGGCGCCGGGGGCCCUGCCGGAGGCUCGGACGUUUUCCCGGAGGGGCCCCGGCCAGCGCGCCGCCCCUGCGGCUGUCCCCCGGGGGACGAGGACACGCUGAGCGCGGCCCCCCGUAUGGACUGCUGCCGUACGCCGCGCCCCGCCGGGGACCAGCCCCCCGCAACGCCCCCCGUCUGCCCCAGGAAGCGCGGUGCGGCGGGAGUGGGCGGCGGCCCCGCGGGCUGCCCGGCGCCCGGCUCUACCCCGCUCAAGAAACCCCGCCGGAACUUAGAGGAGCAGUCGGGCGGGGCGGCGGUGGCAGCGGAGGAGGAGGAGAUGGAGACCGGUAACGUGGCUAACCUCAUCAGCAUCUUCGGUUCCAGCUUCUCGGGACUCUUACGGAAAAGCCCCGGGGGCGGCCGGGAGGAAGCCGAGGGAGAGGAGACCGGUCCGGAAGCCACCGAGCCCGGGCAGAUCUGCUGCGAUAAGCCGGUGCUGAGAGACAUUAACCCUUGGAGCACUGCCAUCGUGGCCUUCUGAGCCCCCGGGUCCGCGUGCGGGAAGCAGGUUGAGCAGCGGGCAUCCCCGACGUGAGGGCUGGGCCUCCCCCGGCUGCGAGGACGCCGCAGAGACCGUCGGCGCUGAGCGCGAGGAGGGACCGGGUGCUGCCGGGCAGCACAGACUGCCCUUGGGCUUGGCGGCCGGCUGUGCCGUGCCGCUCGGGGCUCUUGAGACUUGGGGUGUGAGGCUUAUUGGAAGAGGACGAUCGUGAACUCUUGUGUCUGUGUACAUCUAUCUGUGUGUGUCAGUUUGUCUUGUUGAAUUCAGACUAUUCUGUCCCUCUGGAAUGCAUCACCCCUUCCCUGGGCUUAGGAGAUUGGGGGCAGACAGGGACUUUCCUCUGCCGGCAGCUCGGAGAAGGAAGCGGCUAAAAAGGCCGGGCCAGGGAGUUCCCCAUUCGUUCUCGGGGGAGGAAGGGACUUUACACACACCCCUCACAUGAAAGCGAGAACCGCACCGGGGCCAGGAGUGGCGCUUCCUCACAGGAUUUUCUAAGACUAGAGGGAUUUAGUCUGGAGUAGAGGCUUGUAUUGUUUCUCUCUCUCCCCACCUUUCUCUCACUGAAGAAACGUUUAUACCCUGUGAUUACUCUUGGAAAGGGGAAUGUUAGCGGCCCUUGUCUUCCCCACGGGGAGGAAAGCUUGAUGAAAUUCACAGAAGAGUUUCAAGCUUGAAAAUAGGGAGUUUAUAGAGAAAAGAUAUAUUUUUUAAAAGCUCUAGAUCAGAACUACUACACAGUGCUUUUAAAAAGUGUUUAAGGAAACAGAGUUUACAGACCGAAGCCCUAAGUGGAAAGACCGUCUGGUUUUGUAGAUAGUGACUCCAGUCUUUGUUGUAUAAAGGUUGGGGGAGCUGACAAGGUUUUUGUACAGUAUUUUCUCCUUCGUUGUAUUGAUUUUUGUAUAAAAAUGUAACUUUACGUGUCUAACACGUAUUAAAUAUUUUGAAGCAA